AUGUACCACUUAGUAACGUCGUUCAAGUUUCAUUACUUCCUGUUCUUCUUGGCAGAUGUGCACACGGCACUCAACGCGCUCAACCUGCUAUUCCAGAAGCGACAGGUCGACCUCACUGCAGUGCACUCCCAGGUGAGGCGGACCAUCAUCUACAUGGAGCAGAGGUACCUGAACUGUGGCCAGCAGUUUGGCGGUGGGACCAGCGAGCUGCUGUCUGCUUUCCUCGCGCGGCACGCCUCGCCCGACUGCCGUGAAGUGACUGUGGAAGGGGUGGACAAGGAGGGUCAGCCCCGUGUACACAAGUUCCAGCUGCACGAGGAGGCAGUCAAGGGAUACACCACCAGCAGCGGGGACAUGCAAGGCUGCUACACCUGCUGCCGCUCAUUCGCCCGCGAGCUGGUGUACAACCUCGAGCUGCGCUUGGGAGACCUGACGCGCUUGAACGGGGCGAAGCUCUUCAUGCCCCGCUCGUGGCCGAGGGGCGUCGAGGCAAGAGACGCAGCGUGCAAGGAGCACCUGCACGGCCUCGUCCAUCUGUUUCAGGACAAGAACCGGGACACGAUCUUGCCUGAAGCGUGCGGCACGAGCGGAGCUGCGCACGUUCCUGCCGGUGCUCUCCACUGCCCCCAAGGAAGAGCAGCCCUUUCACGCAGGAAAAGGCGCCCCAGCAAGCGCAAGGAGCAAGCUGCGCCAGAGAAGGAGCGGGCCAAGGCCAAGUUUGUUAAGGGGAGUGGCCACCGGGUGGUGGAGGAGGAGGACCUAGACGAGGGCAUGUGUGGUUCUGCAGGCGAUGGCAGUGAGAGUGAUGACGAUGCCACUUCACCCUGUGGCGGCGCUGCCGCUGAGCUGGACGUCCUUGUUGGAGGAGUGAGCAUGGGCGUGCGACUCUCCGGUCAGCCUUGUUUCAACGCGCCUUUAGUUCCGCUGCUGUUGCGCCUCCUGCUGCUGCACCUGCUAUCGCUCCACGCAAUACAAGCGAGAAGCACGCAGCGACAAGCGGGCUCGGUAGUGACGUCAGCGCAGUCCAGUGACGCGACGCAGUCCCACGAGGCGGAGCACGCGGAGGCCAUCGAGCCGUCUGGGCGGUUAGAGCGAUUAGUGCGGGCAGAGGGAUUAGAGGGGUCGGGCCGCUGGGAGGAAACGGUACAGGGUCGCUCGCAAGGAGUGGGGCACGGUGGUGGGCGCGGGUGGUUGAUUCGGGGAGCGAGGAGGAGUGGAGAUACGGUGUUGAGCGUAGGCGAUGGGGGCCAGGGGACCUUUGAGAAGCGUGCACGCAGUGGGAGCAGCGAUGGCAGGGUGCAGCAGCACAUGCGAGGACGCGUGCCACACCAUCCCGCCCUCACCACGCAUGUGCUCUCCCCCCUCCCUCGCCGCCCUGUGUAUCCGCCAUCCCUCACUGCAGCAGGCGGGGCAACCAGCAGCGCCACCACCACUGACACGGUCACGCCCUUCCCUCUCCGCUCUUCCCCCUCCGCCUCCUCCUCAUCGCCCACCAGCAGCUCUGCUGCACCUGCUGUCGCUAAGGCACUCCCCACGCCUGCUCGCGCGCCUGCUACCGCAAGUCCCACUCCCACGCUCCUUGGCGCCACCAGCACAGGGGAGAGCGGUGGCAGCAGUAAUGGCGGGUCAGCGGGAACACCUACUGCCGCCGCUGCCGUCACUGCACCUGCAGAAUCAGGUCCUGUCGAUGCAGCAGCAGCACCGGCGGCAGCAGCUGCGGUGUAUGGAGCGGGGGAGCAAGGGGCGGAGGGGGAGUUGGUGGGGAAGCGGCUGGUGAUGGUGGUGACGCCCACGUACCCGCGUGCGUACCAGGCGCUCUACCUCUCGCACCUCGCCAACACCCUGCGCGCCGUUGCCCCCCCGCUGCUGUGGAUUGUGGUGGAGGGCGCCAACAAGACGGAGGAGACGGCGCAGGCGCUGAAGCAGACAGCAGCGCAGUGCCUGCCACAUGGGGACCCCGCGUGCCGCACCGUCAACUUCCUGCACCUCGCUGCUGGCACGAGGGAGAUGGCGAAGUGGAACAAGGCGGUGGCACAGCGCAACGCAGCGCUGCAGCACAUAGAGGCGCACCGCAUGGAUGGGGUCAUCUACUUUGCUGAUGACGACAACGUCUACGCCCCUCAGCUGUUGGAGGAGGUGAGGGCGAUCAGGGUGGUGGGCGUGUUCCCGGUGGGCUUUCUCUUCUCAGCCGACUACGCAGCAGUCAACCCCGGCAAGCCCUCGCGCCCCUUUGUGGAGCGCCCCUUGGUGCAGCGCGCCAGCGACGGAGUGGCGCGCGUGGUGGGGUGGGAGACGUUCGAGUGGUCCAUCCCCAAGGGCAAGCGCGGCGGCGCCUACCGCUCCUUCUGCUCCGACAUGGCUGGCUUCGCCUUCAGCUCGCGUCUGCUGUGGACGCGCCUCACCUCCAUCCCCGGCUACCCGCGCCACCCUGUUCGCUUCCAGGCCAUCUGGGGAGGCUACCUGGAGACGACGUUCCUGUCGCGCCUGCUGCCGUCGCCCGCAUACCUGCAGCCCAUAGCACGGGACGCCACGGAUGUGUGGGUGUGGCACAUGCACGCCGAGGCCGAGAAGACCUUCCAGUACCCCGCCAAAGCCUGGACCCUCCCUCAACCCGACCCUCAGCACCUGGUUCGGGUGGCGCAGGAGGGCUCAGAGUGGCCGUACAUUGUGGACGGGCAGAGGUACGGGUUUGCGGACAAGAAGGAGCCGUGGCCACGGUUUGGGUACCGUGCGGGGCUCAUGCCUCGCAAUGGGACAGCUGCACCACCGCCAGUCAAACGCACACCCAAGGAUCAAUUCUCGUGGAAGGAUUGA